AUGAUUUCGACCAGGAUUACCGCCGUGGGAUAUCUGGGAUCGGAUGAAGGAAAUAGUCGAUUUUGGAUGGGAGACAAGGGAGGAUUUGGCAGCGCAGGAGGUCACGAAAUAUAUGAAUACGGAGUGUACAAUACCUCAGCGGGCACCGAGGCAACCAUCGAGGCUUACACAAGAAAUCUUGUCACGAACAACAAGAUGAACGUCGAGGCGCAUCACCGACCGGGAUACCAGCUUCUUCUACACGUUGUAAACGGAAUUUCUGAAGAAGAACAAAACGUCUCCAACCUCAUUACUGCACUCGCCCGUCACUUACUAGUGCGAGACCAGGGCGCACUGGAAGCGAUUGGUGGACGAUUCGAAAGCGCGGAAAGGGCAUCUGGUGUAUAUCAGCAUCCCCAGCGGACCACGCCCAUUUGCGUUAUUUACAGGGUGAAUGUCUAUCCUUACGUUGUAUGGAACGCCGAAACCAAUGUCAUGCAAGUCACUAGUUCGUUCCCAAAUGCGCCAAGUCCUUCCAGUGAUAAACGCAACAUUCUGAGAUCCAAUAGGUUUAGUCAUUGUCCAGCUGAUACUUUCUCCGACUGUGCGGUAUAUGAGGGUCUCGUCAAUGAUGGUUUGCCAUACUUCAGUUUUCACCACGGCUUAAUGGAGCAUCCUGCAUUCACUUUGGAAAGUUUGUCCAGAGGUGUUCGACCUCACUUGCGUCGGGUGGUGGGUGGCGGUAUGGACUUCGAUGGCGCGAAGCCCAUGACCCGGGAACGAUCAUUAUAUGUCUCACGUAUUCUUGAACUACGUCUCAUCUUCUUGUCGUACCAUUCCUCGGACAUCAAGCUCUUUAUUAUGCUUCGGUUUUUCAGACGCAAAAUUGACGAUGGAAAGGUUGCUCUGACAAGUAACCCCAACAGCGAUGCCUCCAGCCAGUGGAACUAUCUCAACAAACCUGGAUUUCAUCCACGGCCUUUGCGUGUUGCCAUAUGUGGCGCAGGAGCGGCCGGUCUGUGUCUUGCUUAUAAAAUCAUCGAAGCGCAGAAGAAAGGCGUACUUGGACCCAUCGAGUUUGUCUUGUUCGAGAAAGAUGACGGUAGUAUUUCACGGGCACAUGGCAUGCAAAUCGCUAUCCAGGUUGUCGAUGUAAGCCGCGACGUUCCGAGCGCUGCCUACCAAUACUCGUUUGCACCUUACGCAGACUGGCCAGAAUACUAUUCCGGUGCGGGUGAAAUCAAGAAGUACUUCAAAACAUUUGCCCAAAAAUACGGAAUUAUUCCCUUCAUUCGGCUUCGACACAAAGUCACUGCAGCCAAAUAUAACGAUGCUCUCGGAACGUGGGAUAUAACAGUGGUGAAUUUAGCAACGUCUCAAGUCGAUACGAUGUCGUAUGAUGUCUUCGCCCCGGCGACUGGUGUUUUGAGUAAUGUAAAUCGUCCAGUGAUUUCCGGUCUGGAGUCAUUCACAAAGGCACCGAUUUUUCACACUGCUGAGUGGCCUAUCGAUUUUGAUUGGCAGAGCACUUUCAAAGACGAACACGUUGCCGUAAUAGGUAUUGGUUCCUCCGGCCUUCAGACCGUUGGUGCCAUUGCUCCGCAUUGCAAGAAUCUCGACAUUUACGCCAGAUCUAAAUUUUGGAUUGUUCCGACUCUUUUUCCGGCUGCCUCUCUCCAAGGUCGUGACUGGUACAACGACAACUUCUCAUACUCAGAUGAGGAGCGAGCUGAUUUUAUCAAGACACCGGAGAUCUUGUAUCACCAUCUUAAGGAAAUUUCUGCCCCCACAAACGAUUACUUCGCUAUUUUGAAAAAAGGUUCCGAAGCCCAGAAGGUAUUACUUCUAAUCAGCUUUAUUCUCCGUGAUUUCAUUGGCGUACAGGCGAUGAAACAAGUUACAAUUGAACAUAUGAAAUCAUCGGUAAGGAAUGACGACCUUGUCCAGGCGCUAUUACCCGACUUUGCCAUUGGGUGUCGUAGGCCGACCCCGGGUGCUGCUUUCAUGGAAGCGCUGAAGCUUCCUACGGUCGACUUCAUUAAUAAACCAAUCAAAAUGGUUACUCCAAGUGGUAUCAUUACUGAAGAUAGUAUCGAGCAUCCAGUGGACCGCAUUAUCUUAGCGACGGGGUUCGACACAGGUUUCAAGCCAAGAUACGAGUUCCUUGGAAAAGACGGUGUCGAUCUUAGGGAUGUAUGGGCGGAGCGACCGAAGGCCUACAUGUCAGUGGCCAUCACCGGAUUCCCCAACAUGUUCCUCAUGGGUUCUGGCCCCGGGAUAACGUAUGCCAAUGGGUCGCUGUUGCCCUGUACAGAAGCGCAAGCGGACUACGUCGUCGCCUGCUUGUCCAAACUGCAGAAGCAAGAUAUAAAAACCAUGGAAGUCAACAAGGAUGCACAGGACGAGUACAAUAUCCAACGAGAAGCGGUUAUGAAGGAUCUCGUAUUUACCGAACCCUGUUCUUCCUGGUACAAAGGCGGCAAGGUAGAUGGUGAACCGGAUGCGCUAUACGCUGGUAGCACUCUUCAUUACAUGGAAUUGCUAGCUUCCCCCCGAUGGGAGGACUGGAAAUUCGUCCCGUUACAUCACAAUCGCUUCUCCUUCUUGGGCAACGGAGCCUCUUCUAUUGACGCUACCGGAGGGGACAAAGCAUACUACAUUACAAUGCAAGACGCGAGAAACGUUCUGAAGGCCAGUGACUAUCGAGCCGACUGA